AUGAGUGAGAUUGCGACAGAAAAGAAAAUUAUUGAUAGACUAUUAAAGAUUUAUAAAUUGGGUUUAUAUAACACUUUACCACCUUCAAAAGUUUAUGACAUUUAUUUUGAGAACUCUUCAAUUUUAAAUACUUUAAAUUUGAAAUCAAAGACAAAUGAUAUAAGUUAUUACACGUUAAUGGAGUUGCAAUUUUAUAUAUGUUUAAUUAUAGACAAAUCCCAAGAAGCCAAGUUAAUGUUGGAACGACUAAUGGACACAUUUAGUAAUUCCAAUAAUGAAGCAAGACAUCAAAAAUCAUUAGGUUAUUUAAAUAAUAUAUCAAAGAAAAACUACCAUAACAGUAAGAGCUUAAUAAUAUUGAAAAGAAAAAUAUAUUUAUCAAAUAAAAUCAAUCAAAAUAAAUUUUAUAAUACGGCUAAAAAGAGUCCUGGAACUAAGAACAAGAAUGCUAUUCAAAAUAAAAAUUUAUUGCAAGGUCUUUAUUCUCAUUACAUCACUGAUUUAACUAAAUAUCUAGAGAUUAAUUCAUCAGAUUCUGAGGGUUGGAAUGAAUUAUCAGACAUUUAUUAUAAAUUAGGUAAUUAUGAAAAGGCUAUAUAUUGUUUAGAAGAAAUCUUGAUCAAUUUUCCCUUUGCUUAUAAUAUAUAUGCAAAAUUGGCAUCGAUUUAUUUGUCAUUUUCAUAUAAGAUUUUAUUCAAUUAUUCAGCUUCAUCUGGAUUAAAACUGUCUAAUAAUAAUACAUUGAAAAAUUAUCUUAAAUCAAUUGAAUUAUCAGAAUCAUAUUUAAAUGGUUGGUCGGGUAUUUAUUCAUUGACAUCAAUAUCGAAUAUUAAAAACAGAUUAAUUAUAUCUAAAUUUGAAAAUAACGGUGAUUUACAAACAUUUCAAAAAUUAAAUAAGUUGGCUGAUAAGAAAAUCAAUGAAAUCAUUGAAAAAAAACAAUCGAGUAUGGGAGAUAUUGAACUGGCUAAGAAGGUACUAGAAGAUACUAAAGGCACUUCAUAG